ACUCCUUCGUAUUCAACCAUUAAAGCAACGACCUUUGUGCCCAUGAAUGGUGCAUGUUAGAUGAACAAGUUAGGGACUUGAGGGUUAGUCGUUUAUGGCCAUAAAGUCUGAUGAGUCUAGUUGAAGUGGUUGCAACGUUGAGCUAACUCACCAACACAUUUGUCCUGUGUCUUUACUACACUAGCCUGAUUGGCUAUAUAUUAUUAGAAAUCGGCUGUGCUUUGGUGUCACAGUAUUAAGCUUUUCAUGGCGGGAUCCUUGUCUCUUCUCAGAAGGGUUUAUCUUUCCCUCUAUAACUGGGCCGUUUUCAUCGGAUGGUUUCAGGUGCUGUAUCUUGCUGUGAAGACGCUUUGGGAAUCGGGCCAUGAGGAGGUUUACAAUGCCGUGGAGCGCCCACUUCAGUUUGCUCAAUCCGCUGCGUUUUUGGAGAUUCUUCAUGGCUUAGUGGGUUUGGUGAGAUCUCCUAUAACAGCCACACUGCCGCAGAUUAGUUCGAGGUUGUUUCUGAUUUGGGGGAUUCUGUGGAGCUUUCCUGAGGUUCAGAGUCAUGUGCUUGUGAGCUCUUUGGUCAUCAGCUGGUCCAUCACUGAGAUUAUUCGUUACUCUUUCUAUGGCAUGAAGGAGUCUCUUGGUUUCUCACCUUCAUGGCUCCAGUGGCUCAGGUACAGCACCUUCAUAUUGUUGUAUCCAAUUGGGAUCUCCAGUGAAGUUGGCUUAACAUAUCUUGCCCUGCCACACAUUAAGAGUUCUGAGAAGUAUUGUAUAAGGAUGCCAAACAAGUGGAAUUUCUCUCUCGAGUACUUCAAUGUUGCAGUUAUAGCCAUCGCAUUCUAUAUCCCAGGCAGUCCUCACUUGUACCGGUAUAUGCUCGGGCAGAGGAAGAAAGUUCUUGCAAAAUCGAAAGCGGAGUAGAUGGCAACACACUUUUUUCUGUACAAUUUCUCUUGAUUUUUCAUGUGUAAGAUGGAAUUUCAUUCUCGAAAAGCUCCAAAAAGUCAUUUCUUUCUGCCUUUCUCCCAAUUUUUCCACGUAACCUUGGGUUCCAAGAAUCACUAAUGACACCACAUUCACAAAUCUAUUCAGAUCUUUUGCCAUAU